UUUAUUAUUAUUAUUUUAGAAUGUUUCAGUUCUGAAAGAAUUCUGUUAUGAUUUUUUUUUAACAAACACCAUUCCACUACUUUCCACAUUUCUACCAUAGCAUAUUAGGCCUAUGUAUCCAAAAUACCUGAAAUUAAUAUUUUCACACUUUUUGCACAAUUUGACAAAAUUGCAGCCUAAUGACCAUACAAAUAGGCUAUUCAGUUCACAGUAACAUUUAUUUAGUUUUUGUCACACAUCACGUCUCAUAUUUCAGCUCAAUCUCUUAACUGACACUGUUUUCAUAGUUUGAAACUGAAAAUAUGUGCCCUUCAUAAAAAAGAUAUGUUUGUUUUUGAUUAUAAUAAUAAUAAUAAUCCCAAAUUGUUAACACCUUGGAGAUAAACUUAUUAUAUGAAGAAACACGUUUGAUCGAGGCAGCUGAUAGCCUAGCUAAUCCUGUAGCCUAAGAACUUGAUUAGCAAGUUUCGCGCCAAAACAUCUACAUGAGCGAUGCAGUGUUGUGUGAAUAGUGUUGGUGACUAGUACCCUAUAGGGUGACUACAGCAGGGGCAAGGCCAGAAAUGUUAAAGGAAGUCUGGAAAAAAUCAGCACAAGAAAUGCACAUUUUCAAGAUCAAAGUUUCAAAACAGCAAACAACAACCUAUAAAAAAACUACACUGUAAAAAUGUCACUUAUUCAACCUAAAAACAUUUGAAAAAGUUCUGUUGAGGUUUUAAAUAGCCUAAGUAUGAUCAAAUUGGCUGUACAAGUCAUUUCAGCUUAAAUUAAAUUAAAACUGACUUUAAGUUGAAUCUCUUAUAGCCUAAUUUGAAAUUGAUUAAAUUUUAUUUUUGAGUAAAAAAACAUGUUGGUAUGGCUUAUUGAUCAUAUCAUUUUUACAUUGCAUGACAAACAAAAUAAAAUGGCUCAAGUAUGUCAUUAUAUGAAUUCAUGUUUAGAAUUUUUUUUUUUUUAAACUAUAAUGAGAAUUAUAGUUAUUGGUUCUCAAAUGUUUGUAUCCUAACCUUGCAUAUUCUUCUGCAAUAUAAGUCUGAGACGACGGAACAUAUGGUUACAAACGGAGAUUAACUUAUCAUUCAUAAGUGUCUCUGUUAGUUCGCCUUAAAGGAAUCGCAGGAUUCACUCGGUUUCUUGCGGCAGAUCAAUAGGAUAUUUUAUAUAACAAUUGGGAUUUUGAACUGAUUGAUAUUUGCUUUGCCAAAUCUUACCUUGCGUCGUAAAGAUAACAUUGGACAGAAACUGACGAAUAUUUAACGUUUCAUUUUGACAUAUGCACCUAUAGGGAGAGGUGAUGUAUUUCAUACAUCUAUUUGGAAAAAUAGCCUUGGCCCACCCGUAGCUUCGCCAGUGGUACAGCAUAGAUUGAUAUGUGUAUGUUCUACAGCGCGUGCGGUCACCGUGGCAACUACAGUUUAGUUAGUUGGCGUAACGACUUCAGUCCGCAUUCAGAGUCAGCCGCAGCUGCUGCUUACAGUAUUUCGAAAGAAAAAACUACGCACCUGCCAAAUACAAGAAAUGCAAAGGAAUACGCAUCUCUACGAUCUUAUAUCCAAGAUACCAUCCCUUGACUCUGACCUGUCAUCCUCGGACAAUGAAGAAGAGAUAUCUGUCCUUCAGCGACCACAAGUGAUUCAGCUGCUGAAAGAGACCAGGAUGAAUCUGGAGUGUGUUUCACUGGAAGAGCCAGGAGUCAAGCUAUUGACUUCCUGGACUGAUGAUGACCAAAAAGGUGACAAAACAGAAGGAUCACUGAAUGAAAGUGUGGCACAUAAAACAGAAACCAAUGUGCCUUUGCAAGAAAAAGGAAACAAGACUGGAUGGACAGAGACCCAGCUCUGCCCUGCUUUAUCAAUGACAAUGAACAUAAGAGAACAACAUGAAAAUUAUUUAAUGGAGCAGCUGGUUGCUUUUUGUGAGAAGAAAUUAAAUGAGAUGGAAAUAAAGACAAAUGUUUCACCUACGAAAACCCAUAUUAUACAAGAAUCAUCGCUCAGGUAGAGUCAUAUCAUAUCAUCUCUAUUGCUACUAUGACAGUAAAUUUACACUACCGUUCAAAACUUUGUGGUCAGUAAGUUUUUUUUAAAGAAAUUAAUCAUUUGUUUCAGAUUUGAUUGAAAGUGACAGUAAAGAUAUAAUGUUACAAAAUAUUUCUAUUUCAAAUAAAUACAGAUCUUUUGAACUUUCUAUUCAUCAAAUAAUCCUGAGAAAAUGUAUCAGUUUCCACAAAAAUAUUAAGCAGCACAACUGUUAUAAACAUUGAUAAUAAUAAUAAAUGUUUCUUCAGCAUCUAAUUAUCAUAUUAGAAUGAUUUCUGAAGGAUCAUGUGACACUGAAGACUGGAGUAAUGAUGCUGAAAAUUCAGCAUCACAGGAAUAAAUUACAUUUUUUUAAACAUAUUAACAUAGAAAACAGUUAUUUUAAAUUGUAAUAAUAUUUCAUAAUAUGUUACACCAUUUUCACUGUAUUUUUGGUCAAAUAAAUAAAAGACUUCUUUCAAAAACAUUCAAAAAUCUUACCGACCCUAAACAUUUGAACAAUAGUGUAUAUUCUCAUGUUUACAGAUUUCCACACUGCAGGUUAAAUGUGUCUGUGACUUUUCCCAGAUGUACUGGGAGACAGAUGAAGGACUUCAAAGAGACCUCAGCAAAAUUACAACUCAAUCAAGAGUCUCCCACCAUAUAUAUUGACUUGCGCAACAACAAAUUUCAAACAAAACAAUCAGCCAUUAGCCGGAGUAACAGUGUCAUAUGUCCUGUAAACAUGGAAAAGGAAAUGAGCUCCACUAAGAGGACGACUAAAACAAAUGCAAAAGCAAAUAGGCAGAAAAGGUAAGAGAUCACAUAAAUCCAGUGUUGGGGAAAGUUACUUUUAAAAGUAAUGCAUUACAAUAUUGCAUUACUCCCUAAUUGCAUUAGUUACUUUUUUAUGAAAAGUAAUGUGUCACAUUACUUUUGUGUUACUUCUUCUCACCUGGGCUGCAGCUUGCUUGUUUGUCUUUUAAUAACAACAACAACAACAAAAGUUAUAUUUUUGGCAAAUGUUAAGGUCCUUUCACACUAAAAGUGAAAUGAAUAAGCCUCAGGCUGAAGAAAAUGCAUAUUCACACCUGUACAGUAGAGGGCGCAGCUCAAACAAACCUUUCAGCUGUGCUCCAUUCUGGAUUAAAGAAGAAUAGGACACAUGAGAAGGAAGUUCAACACUCUUAUUUCUAAAUCUAAAGUAAUUUUUGCUUAUUAGUAUGGUUGAAUUAGAUCAUUGAAGGUCAGCAGAAAAGACAUUGGUUAAUAAAGUGAGAUUAAAUACAUAAAGUAUAUUUGUGUAAUUUAACAUAGUUAAAUAUUACAGGUUUUCGUAAAAUUCUGAGAUUGCAUUUCACUGUUUUUAUUCAUUUUAAGGAAUACUAAAUGUUUUUGUGCAAGUGAGAUGAGUAAAUGCAUGUUCAUAUUUAGUCUAGAACUACAAUAACCAUCAUGUUCACACAGUGCACACAAUAACUCAAUACUUUAUUUCUUUCAACAUGAGGACAGGAGAGCUGUCAGUCAAUAUAUGUGAAAAAGUUAUUUUUUUAUAAUCAAAUGUUAUUUGAAAAAGUAACUUAGAUAUUUUGUUGUAAAUUGAAAAAGUAAUGUGUUACUUUACUAGUUACUUGAAAAAGUAAUCUGAUUACAUAACUUAAGUUACUUGUAAUGCAUUAACCCCAACACUGCAUAAAUCUUUCAGGUAAUGAACAGCUGAUGUACAGUACAAUAUACUCCCACUACAUCUCAUAAGCUCAGUCAUAAUGCAUGUUUAUUUUUCAUUUAUAGAGAAUUUGCUGGGAAGAGUUUACUCCAAAACACCAGACAGCCAAAACAAAGUGUGGUAGAGAUAUCUGGGAGCUGCAGAAAUUCACAAGAUUUUGCUGAGGCUAGGCAGAAAGACUCCUCAGGGAAAAUCAUAAAGGAAAAACAGCUUGAUGAUUUUGAAACUAGUUGCAGUGAACCUAGUAUUCAGCAGGUCAAUGUCUGCGGUUCUACUGCAAAAUAUGACCAACAUAAACAGAAUUCUUCUCACAUUCCAGCUGCUCAAAACAAACAAAGGUACGAAGUAUUCAUACAUUUUCUUCACUCUCAGGAAUUAUGCAUAAACUAAUGUAAAAACUGUAUGACCAUGCACUAACACAGUCAUAAAGUCAGAUGGCAGAAGGAUCUGAAGUUCUUGCAAACAAUUAGACCUCAACGUUCUGCUAAUAACAGGGAGGAAGCCGCUGAGAGGACUGAUAUUCUUUAUGAGCCUGUGAGUUAUUUGCAGUUUAUCUAUAAAAUUAAAAAAAAAAAAAAAGUUUUCAUAUUUAGAGUACUCACUCCCCUUAGGAAGCAUCCUACCUUCCCUCAGUGAACACCCUACCUGCGGAUCUACAGAUGAGGGAGUGUUUGCUGCUGACUGUGUCCUUGUCCAGUCCUGGGGUGGUGGCUGGAAGAAUGCAGAGAAAAGCACAGACAGUGGAUUCAGUCUUCAUCAAAUCACAUGUUUACAAUGCACUCAUAGCAUGGUUCUUGUCUUUGGUAUGUCUUAUUAUUUUUGGCAGUGAAAAAAUAUUUGACAUGCUAUGCUACAUUUCAUCUCUCCGUUACCUGUUCUGUGACAGACUGAUCCCAAAAACUGCAAUAGAAAAGGUAAUAAGCUUGAUGCCCCUUUCUGGGUGGCUGGGCUGCAGCAGGUUUAUAAGGAGGAUGGCUUGGCCUUGUACAUCUGUGCCAUGUCUCUCGAAGAUGGCUGUAGGAAAUCCAGGGUGAGUUCUAAACAUAAUCCUCAGCAUAUUUUUCUUAUAAAAUAUUUGGCUCAUUUAACAAUGCUUUCUUCAGAUUUCCCACUUAGAUUCCAUGUGGGCCAAAUAUUAUUUUAAAAAUAAGGUCUUUAUUGACAAGUUUAUAUUGGAAUCUGAUAAUUUUUCUCAUAGAUUGGGGAGGUGGAAAAGAACGAGAGCAAGUUUUAUAGGCGAGUUUGCAAGUUUUUUGCUCAGACGUCAUUGAAGACUGUUGCAUUCUGGGUACCUCAGCUUAAUCAUUUGCUGGAGGAACAGGCUUAUCCUACACAUGUCCACAUGCCCUCAUCUUACCUGGAUUGCUUCAUCUCUGUCAACCCAAAUAUAGAGGCUGUUGAAAAGGCCUUUAGUGCGAUCCCAGGAUUCUACUGGCAAACUCUGGAAACCGAAGACCAAAAAUGUCAAAGGGCAGAAGCCAUAAAUUCUCAAGAAUGUCAUACUGAGACGGCACUUGUUCUGAUAGGCAGGGCAUUGUUUCUUAACCCACUGGCAAUGCAUCACACACUUGAGCUUAUGUGCAGAUCAAGUCUAGAUGUAUGUGGUAUCCGUUUCCUCUACCCACUCCAAGAGCUACUGACAAACUUUGCAGGUACAUAUCAUCUCCCACCAUAAUUACACAACAUGUACAAAUUGCAUGGGUUAAUGCAUAUCCUGUCUUCUAGUCUGCAAGUCAGUUAUGCAUAGCGAGGGACAGCCAGUGCUCACUGUGGCUUUCCGGGGUCCUCACGCUAACUCAGUGUGGCAGGAGAUCGCAGGGCCAUCAGACGCCCAGCUGGCAAGGCGGACAGAUCCAGCAUCCAUCAACGCCCUGUACCAUCACAGUCAAGACCAGACCCUGCUCUACUCGCCCCGUCUUGCCAGUCUUGUACAUCUGGGGCUCUGCUUGUGGUUUGGUGGUAGAAUAGCAAAAAACACCCUGUCAAUGUUAGUAUCUUAGAAUGUUAGCAUAUUAAUUCUUUCAUCAUUUCCGCACCCUUGUGUUAUCCCAAACUUGAAUAAUUGUCUUCCAUAUGUGAAACACAAAGAUAUUUCAAGGACCUGUCAACAGCUGCUUUUGUCUAUACUAUGAAAGUCAAUGGGAGCAAAACCUUCAACUCCAAAGAUGACGUAAAAGUAGCAUCAAAUUAAUCCAUACAAUUUAGCGGAAGUCUUUUGAAGCAACAUGAUCACUCAGUAUGAUGAACAGACCGAAAUUUAAGCUUUUAUUCACUCUCAAAUCAAAACAUUAAUCAAAGGAUGACAUUUUAUAUUGUGAUAUAAACCUAAAACAUGACAUUUGGUGAUUAUGAGACAUUAAUUGAUAUUUGAUGUCUAUAUGUGUGUGUGGGCUGAUUUUGAUUUAAACUGAGUCAUACAUUUACAUCUACAUUUCAUCAUAUAACGUGAGCAUCUCGCUUCAGAAGUUCAAGUUGUAUGGAUUCAUUUCUCUCUAUGCUUUUUGGAGCUUGACAGUUUUGGGUUCUAAAUAAAAACAGAAAAAAAAUUCUUCAAAAACUUCAUCUUGUGUUUCAUAGAAGAAAAUCAUACAAGUUUGGAAUGAUACGAGUAAAUGAUGAGCAAAUUUUCAUGUUGGGGCAAACUUCCUUUGAACUACCUGCUGACUAUUGCUCUUAACAGGGUUCAGGACUCAGAGGAGGGUGACAGAGGAGAAAGAUCCCAAAUCCUGACAUCUUCUCCAGCAACUUUAUGUGCCACUGUGAAAGGUGACUAGAAAAUAAAAACUUUGUCAUUAUAACAGUUUCUAACUUCUAAAAGUCAAACUUUAUACCCCUUUUGCCUUUGCCUCCAUACAGCGGAUAUGUUUCUCCUUGUGUCUCCUGUGGUUGGUCCAUGCUGUUAUAGCUAUAUACUAUCUGCAUGCGCAAAGACAGGCUUCAGUCUGUUGGGACUUCAAAGGGCACAGAUCUCCAGGAAACAAGCUCAAUCUCUGGGUCUCACCACCAAGCAGGUGAAUAAACCCAAACGUGAGCCUGUACUAGUACAGAGAUAUAUUGAAACUGAGAGUUGGACACUACCAUGACAUUGAUGCUGAUUGCAUUUGUCUGUCUCUGUUAGGUUGCAGCGUUCUGUCAUGCUCCCACAGUGUUGCUGGAUGGAGAACAGGUUGAGCUGUCCUCUCAUUGUCUUGUGCUGCUCAUGAGGAGAGAAAGUGCAGUUAGACACUGUUCCAGACUGCCGAUAGGUUUGAUGAAUGAACUUGCUGCACAAGGCCUUAUUGGAUCAAUCCGUGCAAGAUUCACAGAUGUUGUUGGUCCACAUGUCUGCUUUUACACUGUACCCUACUCUAAAACCCACCACAAUGUUUUGGGUGGGCUCAUGUGGACAGUGCCAGAGUGCAGCCACAUGGUCCUGUCCAAACACACGUAUCCCUCUUGGCCAGAUGUAGAGCAGGUGGUGGUUCUCACAUUGACUGGUCAAAACAUCAUGAAGAAUGAAAUGGGCUUUCUACAUAAAGUUCUCAGGGGAGAUGAAGCAGGACAAGAUGGAUUUGAGUUGCUGGCAUUGAAGUGGGAGCCCAAGCUGUCUCAGCGGCAGGCGCAAGAGUUGAGUCCUUUUGAGAUUGGGGACAGAGAGUGGCAGAGCAGUGUGCAGAGCUUGACAUCCACCCCUGCCCUGGUCUUGGCUCUGAGGAGGGUGAGGGCAUUCAUCACCCUACGUAGUCUUUUACCACAAAAUUACCCAGGAAACCUGCAUGUAUUGAUGUCCCCCACUCCUGAGACAGCUUUCAGACAGACCUGCCUCUUCUUCUCGGAGGCAGAAUUGGUCCCCGAUCACAGCAGUCGUCCAUCAUUGAAAUUCCUACCACUUCAUCACAUUGACACUCCUGGUCUCAGAAGUCAGUCGCUUUACAGUUACAUGACAGUGGGCCCAGAGCCACUUUUGACUCUAGCUCUGUUCAAGCCUGGAGCCUGGAGGCACUGCUUUGGUAAAAUUCUCACCAUAAUCAAACAGAAUGGAUAUACUCUAGUGGGCUUACGUGUGCUUCUGCUGGACUCAAACAUGGCAAAUGCACUGAUACAUCCACCGGAGCAACAGGAACCCACUGAGGAGCUGGAGUUGAAGUACUUGAGUUCCGGCCCCUCGCUGGCUUUGGGUUUACUGAGAGUGAAUGCAGUAAUGAGGCUGUUGGAGCUGAUGGGUCCUGAGGACCCUGUUGAAGCCCGUACUAUAGAUCAGACACUAUGGAGGGCCCAGUAUGGCUCUGAAAGGCUGGAUAAUGGCAUCUAUGGUCAGCACUCUGACAAAAAUAAUCAACCGUUAAAGUCUGGUCAAAGCUCACAAACAUUAUUUGUACAUUCUUGUGCAGGAUCUCCAUCUUAUCGAAAGGCUGUAGAAGACAUAAAACUGGUAUUUCCAGAGGGUGUGUGCUGCACUGAAACUUCAGUUACGAGACACGAGAAGAUAUCCUGUUUGCAUUCGGAUCCUGACGCUAGUGUGGACCGUGAACAGUUGAAAACCCUUAGAACCGCUGUCAAGAACAAACUUUCAUCAGGAUUCAUUCAAGGGCCUUUGGUCUGCAGUGCUCUUUGUCAGACCACCUGCCUGCUGAUACCUUCCAACCUCCUGCAGCAGAGUCAGCCUCCUCUGUACUCGGACCUACUGCAGCGGCUGCUUAGGACAGGCUGCCACCUGGUGGCUGGAAAGCUCUGCACACCAGAUGAAAAACAAAGGCAGCACAUAUCUGAGUUACUGAGGUCCUCUGCUGGUGAAGCACUUCUACUUGAAGGUCCCUGCCUUAUCAUUGCUUUGCAAGCAGACAAUGCCUUCACAUGCUUUGAUAUCAUUCUUGAGAGAGUUUGUAGGGAGAGACCAGACUUUAAGAGAGUUACCAUGAAACUUCUUUACCCAAACUCUAAAAGUGGGGCAGUGAAAUUGCUGCAUUACCUGUUUGAUGAUCACAGUCUUGACAGUCUUCACCGCAUAGCACCACAAUAACCAGGAUUUAUUCCAUAAUAGUCUACUCAGCAACUGAUGAUUCAUCAGCACAAAAGGGGAAUAAGACAAAACACUCGAGCCAGGUUAAAGAUCAAAAAUUAUUUAAUUCCCAUGAUGACAAAAAUAAUUCCAUGAAUUCUGUAAACCAUUGCAUAACUGCUGUAGUGUAGACAAGUGUUAACAAUUUUAAAUGAUACACUACAAGAAAAAGAUUAUGCAUUAUAAAUAAUACCAUUUUAAGUAAUUCUAGUGAAGAAAAACCUCUCUGGCCUUGCACGGCAUAAAAACGUACAACUAUUCCAUAAAGAAGCCUCCAUAACUUAAACACAUAACUCCCAGUAAAUGUUUUAAGGUCUUGUGUUGACAACACAUACACAAAGUAUUAUAUUGACAGCAAAUUGUAUAGUAUUUCAACACUAAUUAGAAUAUAAGCUGUUCUAUAUAUUGAUGCAUACUGUACCAAAAUAAGGGAUAUGUUUCUUCCUCGCAAUAUAAAUGUUUUCCUCAUUUUGACUUUUGAGCUAAUAAAUCUGUGAGUUGCAGUUUCCUUUGAAAAUUGGACAUCUCUCUCUAUUCUACAGUUCUCCUGUAAAACCCUGAGAAAAAUACAUCUCAUAUUUCCAUCAAAUUGUUACAUGGAUAAAUACACAAACUUGAAAACUGCACUUGUUUAACUUAUAAAUUUAUUUGUAAUGUAAUGUAUCGCAAUUCACAAAACUAGUGCUACAUCAUUAUAGAUUAACUGUUCUCUAAGUUAUUCCAGUGACCCAUUUUAAAUCUAAUUUGAAUGGUACAUUCAAUAUUCAGGGAUUUAAUGUUCGAAUAACCGUAACAUUAAUUAUAGGGAACAGUGGUUCCAAAAAUUCUGGCAUUUUUUUUUUUUAAUUAUUAUUAUUAUUAUUUUAGCCUCUUACAAAAGUUUACUAUUGUAAUUGUUUUCCCCCCUGGCUAGUUUGCUAAAUUUAACCAGUUUCAUAUGUAAUACUUAUAUACAAGAUUGCAUAAAUCCUUAGGUUCAAUAAAUCACACUACUGAUAGAGAACAAAAUUAGAAAAACAAACAAAUGAACAAAAGAAAUCCACAAGAAUGCAAAAAGAAAUAAAGAAAUGAUUAUUUCCACUGCAGAGCAUUAUGGUAAAUUUCCAAUACAUUAAUUUACACAUUGCUAAACAAGAGUCCUUGGUGCUUCUUUAAUAACAGAUGCCUGGUCUUACAUCAAUGUUAAAUGGUCAUCUUCGAUUACAGUUGUUAUUAAAAUGGCUGAUGCAGACAGAGGGGUUUAGACAGAUCAUGCUGUGGACUAAAGAUUACCGUCUGCCAUUAUUAGAAAUUUUGUACAGAAAAAUCACUGUUAAGCAAACCAAUAACACAGAAAAUCAGUCCAAAGUCCAAACUCGGAACGACUAGAUUUUAUAACAAUUCCACAUUAAUUUUGUCAUACUUCAUAAACUGUUCAGAUGAGCUGCUACUUUUAACACCCUUGGUAGAGAAUACCAUUGCAAAACACCUUAACUGUUCCUAACUUUCAACAUGAACAAGUAUUUCUCUAUCAGAAUCACUUAUUACUCAAAGUGAAACGUUCAAAGGCAUGGCAGAGUAAUUAUGUAUUAUUUUAAUACACUGGUCCAUCGAAAGUCUGUGACAGGACUCUCGUGCAUUGAGAAAUACAGAUUUAAAAUGUCCCAAGGCACUAAAAUUCGGCUCAUUUCGUAAGCUGGGCUUACCCAUUUGUUCAAUGAAAAAUACUUUCAAUGUGGUUUUAUUAAAAGGCACAAAUUUGUUCCAAAGAGACUUGAUCCUUCUAAGAUUUAACAAUAUUAUCAAGCAGAAUGACUGAUCUUGGAUCAGACAUUUAAGUGCAGGUCUACAUUUUUUUUUUUUUUUCCUCUGUUGAACAAUUAUAUUUUUUACUUAUUCAUUACUAUAACACGCAAAUGUAACUAAGCCAAAAAGUGAGGUUUAAGGCUAGGAAUAUUUGAACAUUUUUAUAUAAAUGUAACCCAAUGUCUGUCUCAGCCAUUUCAACUAGCAUGAGCAAGGGACCCAUUUUACAUCACAAUCAAAUAAGUUCUACACAGCCAUGGUAGACAACAUUUGACAAUACAAUAAUAGACUUCAAGAAGAAAAAAAAAAAAAAGUUAAAAGAUUUCUUAUUUCAUAUCCAAAUUCUGAAGAAUCCCAACUAAACAGACAGAAAAACAAACACCAGUCAAAUGGAAACUAAAGAAAGCACCUUGCGGGCCGAGAUACUCUUUUAAAUUCCUGACAGUAUACAAGUAGUGCACAACAACUAAUGUUUCAAAACUGAUUUCAGAAUUUUACAAGCAAGUACUAUUUGUAUAAAAAAGAAAUAAUAUAUACUUCAAAUAAGCACUAAUCCAUAUGGCCACUUAAGAAUAUUAACACAAAUAUUCAUUCAUUACUAUGACAUUCCUUCACUGUAGAUUACAGCCAAUUCAAUACUAUGUUAUCGUUUUUACUGAGAAAUUGAAAAAAAAAAAAGAAAAAAAAAAAAAGAAACACAA